CUCUUCCUCUUCCUCUCCUCCCUCUCUCCAACCAAAUCCACCACCACCACAACACAAACUCAAGCCCAAGCUCUACUUUCAUGGAAAUCCAGCCUCUCCAAUUCUACAUCCCUCCUUUCAUGGUCCCUCGCCUCCCCGGCCGCCCCAUGCGAUUGGUUCGGCGUCACAUGCCGCCCCGACCAGCCCUCCGCUGUCACCGCAGACAUCUAUGCCGUCGCCAAACUAAACCUCCCCGCCGCCGGCCUUAAUGGCACCCUUGUUGGACUCAACUUCUCCUCCCUCCCCUACCUCACCACCCUCAACUUCUCGCGAAACGCGUUGACGGGUCCCCUCCCGCGAACCGUAAGUGCGCUUACCCGGCUCGCGUACUUGGAUCUCGGUAUGAACGGGCUAACGGGUUCGAUACCCGAAGAGAUAGGAGGUUUGAUCAACUUGGUUGAGCUCAACUUGGUGUAUAACUCAUUCACAGGUCCAAUUCCACACACCAUAGGAAGGUUGAGUAGGCUCAGUGUUCUUCACUUUGGAUCCAACAAUUUAACUGGAAUGAUCCCCCAAGAAAUAUCAGAUUUAGGUUCUUUAUCAGUUCUUAACUUGAGUAGCAAUUCUUUGAUAGUUCCAAUCCCUUCUUUCGUCGCCAACUUUUCUCAGCUCGCCUCUCUCGACCUCUCCGGGCUCAACCUCAGGGGUCGUAUGGAAGAGCUAUUCGUCGGCCGCGCCGGUCUCAAGAGAUGGAACUUCUCUUCCUUGCCCAACAUGCAAUAUCUUUUCCUUAGAGACAACUACUUGAGUGGCAGGCUCCCGCCCUUCUUCUGCACGAUGAACUCCCUACGAGCUCUCGACCUCUCGAGGAAUCAGCUCUCCAGCGAGAUCCCCUCUUGUUGGUGGGAGAUGAAGGCUCUCCAAAUGAUGAUUCUCGAAAGCAACCAUCUCUCCGGUCGCGUCCCGCUAAGUUCCAACGGCAUCACGCCGCCUCUUCUGUCGUUGCACCUCGCGAACAAUUCUAUGACGGGAGAGUUCCCUCUAGCCCUAGAGAGCUGUAAGGAACUAGUUAUCCUCGACCUCGGGGAUAACAAGUUUGUCGGGGAUAUCCCGACAUGGGUAGGCGAUAGCUUUCCGUCUCUCAAGAUCCUUCGUCUAAGAUCGAAUAUGUUUCGCGGCGUCAUUCCUCCGCAACUAUCACGGCUCGGUAAGCUCCAACUACUAGACCUUGCUCACAACAACCUCACGGGGCGAAUACCGUCGAGCUUCGGUAAUCUCACUGCGAUGGCGAAGAGACAACAAGUAGCUGUACUCGACGGCUCGCAGUUUACUUACAUGGAGAGCAUAAUGAUAGUGUGGAAAGGCGCGGAGCUAUCGUUUCAACAGAAUCUCGCGCUCGUAACGGGCAUCGAUCUCUCGAGCAACUCUCUCUCUCAGGCGAUACCGACAGAGCUGACGAACCUUUCGGGGCUGUUGUUUCUGAACUUGUCGGGAAACCAUCUGACGGGCGGUAUUCCGAGGAAGGUUGGGAACUUGGAAUGGGCGAAUACCGGUCGGAAACCAGAUGCAAACAUUGGAUAACAUCAUGAGUUAUGCCGGAAACGAAGGACUAUGCGGCGCGCCGUUGAAGCAGCAAUGCUCAAAUGAUGAAGAUCAGGCGCCAUCAAGUGAAGGUGAUAGUGUGCAUAGGUUAAGUAGA